AACACUAGUAUAAUUAAAAAGAGAAUGCCACCAAAUUAUUUCUCUUCUAAAAUUUAAAUUUUACCUCUCAAUAAAAUAAUCAAUGUAAGCGCAAGCGCUUUUCUCUUCAUGGCAACUGUCUAAAGUCACUCUCAGAGUUCUAUAAAAAAAUGUGAUCUUGAAAACAUCAACAAGGUUAAAAAACACUUCAUUUAUAAAAUGAUAUUAUCAAUUUGUGCAGUAUUUAAGAAAAAUUUCGAUCAAUCACAAUAUCAUCGACUCAAACGGUAAUUAAUUACAAAUUAAUAAAUAAUAAUAAAAAAACCUAAUUUAUCAGAAAAAGAUUUAAAGAUUACAAUAGAUGUCAGAUUUUUGGCAUGAUCAUAUCACGUGGGCUAUAAACAGUUGACAUUUGUCAAAAACAUUUGAUAUUUUUAUCCAAUUUCUAUUAUUUCUUCUAAUUGUAAAAAAAAAAAAAAAAAAAAAAAAAACAAUGAAAAACUGGAUUUCUUUACGACAAUUGUUUUCAAAAAAACAAUUGCAACAGUGGAAUAAAUUAAAUUUCAACUCUACUAAUAAAAAUUAUAGUAGUGAUAAAAAAAAGCCAACGAAAACAAAAGAAGAGGAAUUAGAAUAUUUACAGUCACAUUCAUUUUCAUCGUGGGAGGAAAUUCAAGUACCAACAUCAUGUUGUAUGUCUGGUUGUGCAAAUUGUGUCUGGAUACAAUAUGCGGAAAGAGUGAGUCAACUGUUAAAGGAAAGUGACAAGGAUUUUAACAAAAUAAUUAUGGAUAAAGUUGAAGAUCCAAAUAUGAGAGCUUUUCUUGAAAUGGAAUUACGAUGUCGUAAUCUUGAAAAUAAAAAAUAAAAAAAAAACAACAACAAAAAAUAGGAAAAUUUAUGAAGUUACUGUAAAUAAAUGCUAUUAUGUAUAUUUAAAUAAUUUGUAAAUAAAUUUUCUUUGUAAGAAAGUGUUGAAGAAAUAAAAUAUUUUUUCACUAA